UAGCUAGUGAUAUAGCCCAAGGAUCUGACCGGAAAAGAUUUAAAUAGAAGUAUAUUUUCAGAGUUAUUGAAAUAAAAAUCCGACUGCACCUUUGGAGUGAGCAUUCUCUAUCUGUGCGAGAUUGCGGACCGGCGCGCGGAAUCCUUCCGAUUAGUGAUUAGAUGCCUCGCUCAGUUUUAGCAAAUGCCCAUCCUUAAAUAUCUUACACAUUUUACUUUAUAGCUCGCGAUAUGGUUACCAUAGGGAUUUCCACUUGUGUGUGUGUGUUUUUUUUUACACCAUAAUGUUUAUAAAUAAAUAUCCCUGCGAGGUUUGCAUUGGUAUCAACAUCUCCCUUCGCAUUAGAGCCACGCGCCAUAUAAUCCGAGGCACGCGUUGACAAUUACUUAUCAAUAACCUGUUAUCAUUAUCACUAACACAAGUCAAUUUAUUAGCUGUCAUUAAAAGCCGAAGAAGGAUAAAUAUUAAGAUUACAAACUUUGUUAAUGUUUAUACGAAAUUGGAGCCGACAGCGGGACGCAAGUGCGGUGGUGACAGCCAGAGCUUGUGCCGAGGCGAGGCGAUGCUGUUCCGAUGCUGAUAAGUGUGCGUAACACUAUGGAGUUUUCUACAAAGAAUAUUGAUCGGGUUGGGUUGAGGCGGUCACGAUCUGGUGACGAACUAUUUGGUAAGUGACUACGUUUAUUGUUGCCUACUAACGUAUUAUAAAAAUAUUUAUAAAAGCAAUAUACAGCGCGUUACGAAAAGGCUGGUUUAUUUAAAAAAACUUACUUUGGUUUUAAAUAUCAAAUUUCUAUAACUACUUAUAUACUUAGAUACGUCGUCAAUAUAGCUUUUCUGCGAUGUUCCACUAGGAAGAGGCACGGCUCAAGGGACAGCAACUAAACUUCAUUACAAUAAUUCCAUAUCUGGCAAAAUAUUUUAGAGGCAUGGUCCAUAUUUAGAGAAAUUACCUAUACUCAAUAAUCUCAAUGUCAUAGAUAAUUUUUUCCAAUAAUCGGGCUGGUGGUGGUGUAACCAGACUAGACAGGAUCCAAAACAGGUACAUCUUUCAAUGUGGCUAAAAUACCACAAAAAUUCAAGAGAUCCACAUAAUGCGCCGAAAUGAAGAUCACAUGACUCGAGAGGUAAACCAUUAAAGAAGGCAAAAGAGGCAGAGGCCGCCCACCAACCAACUGGAUGCAAACAGUUCACAAAGAUUUGCCGAAGACGGGCUUAGCACCAGAAAUGACGCAAAACCGCUAAGAUUGGCGAAAGAGUAUUAGGAGGACUGACACCGAAUAGGGAUACGAGUAAAAGCCACAGGAUUGAUUGAUUAACUUCCAAAAUAAUAAAUUUUCUGUUAAACAAGACCUGUUGUUUGCUAUGCUGAUUGGAUAUCAAGUAUAAGAUUGAAAAAUUAAGAAAAUACUAUAAUAUGUUUUAAGAAUUACACAACCGUACCUACACUAUUUAAUCUAUCACUCGGACAACAUGUGAAUCGAUUGACUGAUGCCGAGAACAUUUGUCGCUCAGUUAAUAAGGUGUCACUUCUAUCGCCUGCCGGUCUUCGGAUUGAUGGAUGAAGGAAGGCGUUUGUUUCCGAUUAUCUGAGCUAGUUUGAUCAACUUUAUUUACGUACUCUUUUUUCCGUCUUUCUAAGAAAAAACAAUGCUUAAUAAUCGAUAGAUUCGUCAAAAUAAUAAGCUCGUCAUUAUUUUUUAAUGUUACGUGCCACGAAUGCUUUUGUUGUGGGUACUCAGACAAGGAUAUAUACAAAUAUUUAAAUACAUAGAAAACAUCCAUGACUCAGGAACAAAUAUCUGUGCUCAUCACACAGAUAAAUGCCGUUACCGGGAUUCGAACCCAGGACCAUCGGCUUCAUAGGCAGGGUCACUACCUCAGAGCAUAGAAUAGUAAAGAGAGGACAAGCCGUCGGCGGCCGUGUCGCAGAUGUUAGCUCAUUGAGCAUACACUGCCCCUAGUUCACCAUCAGUUGUUACCGAGUGUGCACUAAUGCUGAGACACAGAGAACAUUCCGUUUUUAUCCAAAAUGCCGAGUUGUGCAAUAGUUAUCUGCAAACAUCAUAGUGACUUGAUUAAUUUCCACAUCUAUAGGAUCACUUGUCACAGGCAAAUACGAUAAAAACCAUUAAUUUCUAAUAAAACUACGAAUUCAAUCUAAGAUUCCGACUUUCAUCCCUAUACAUUUACGCUUGAUUGUCAUUCAACAAUAUUGAACAUAUUGUAUUACAUUGCUGCUGUACAAGUUACAUAAUUGCAAAGCCAAAAGUUUACGUCGCAAUGUAAAUGAAACAACGACGACGCCGCAAUGAAAUGAGGGUAGAAAACGAAACACUCGGUCACGAAUUGUCUCAUAGUGCAUAGUAGGUAGGCUGCUUGGUCAGUGAUGUGCAUCAUACUGCGUACCGAGAAAUCGGCAUCGAUAAAUUAAAAUCAGUUGAUGUUAACAAUAAAUUUAAAUGUAACAUGGAUGGAUAUAAUGUUUUUAAUGUCUAUACUUAUUAUAAAUUAUUUUAUUACAUGCAUUAACUAAAUGAUACAUUAUGUUUAAGACUGUGUGUGUGUUGACGCUAGAAACUCAUACGUACCUGUGUGGGAUGAUGUUCCUGUUACUUUUCUAAGAACUUUCCUAAAACGUUUUACAUACCUAAAAUCUGCCAUAAAUAAUAAUAGUUUAUAAAUACAUCAAUAAAUACACAUAUAUAUGAUGUAAAAUAUAAUAUAAAUAUCCUAAUGUUACUUACCUGUAACGCCAUCUGUGUACCUAGUUAAGUAAACAGUUUUUUAUAAUAAAGCGUAAUGUGAAGGAAGUGGUAUGCAUGUGUGCAUCGGUUGACCUCUAGUCGCCAUUGCACCUUGUCGAAGCGCACACGUAUACCGUUCGGUCGCAUUUUUGGCAAUUUUCGACUCAAAACCGUCUUCUCACUCCCGCACCAUACCUACAAUCGACAAAGUGGUGAUAUGUACGUGUGUCAGGACAGGUGAUUUUGAUAUGUUUUAUUUAUUAUUUAUUUAUAGAUUUCCAAGUGAUCCCAAAAUUCAGAGCAAAGAAUACCUAUGGUUGAAAACAAAAGAAGUAUAUGCCUUUGUACGGACACUUCCGUAUGACGGAAUUGGCUGCAUUACCUACAGUCCAACUAUGUUUACGACCACAUUUUUGGUAGUAAAUAUAUCUUUAUCUUUGACUUUUAUUAAAAAAUAUUCCAAAUAUUAAUAGUUCAUAAGUUUACUGAGAACUUUAGGACUAUGUAAGCGUUUAUCAAAAAUAAUAUAUGUACUUAUAUCUAAAUUUAAACAUUUGAAUAAACAUGCUAUCGACACAUUACCAUAAGUGAUAAAUAUUUUAAACAAUUAUUAACAAUGAAUCGGAAUAUGUAUACAAUGAAUAUCUUUAUUAUUUUAUGUACAAUAGUUUAAUAUCGAUAUCACGAUGUCUUCGGCCUAGUCUCUGCCAUUACCUUUGUGUGUGCGCAUGAUGACACGACUCGCUGCUCGUCCGCAUGCACAGACAUGGAAAUGAUACGCGUGUAUUAUGCAAUAGGAGCGUCGGUAUACAAGUGUGUGUGCUUUCGAUGUGUUAAAACUGCGUGUUUUAUCUUUGCAAUCACUUGUGCUUUGAGUAAGUUAAAGAACUUGCGACAGGCGAACUCACGCUCGAACUCCUUAUAAUCAUAUAUCUGUGGUCACUAGGUCAGACCAGUCAUCAAAAUAGAAAACUCCCAUGACUCAGGAACAAAUAUCUAUACAUGCUCAUCACACAAAUAAAUGCCCUUACCCGGAUUUGAGCCCGGGACCACCGGCUUCAUAGGCAGGGUCACUACCCACUAGGCCAGACAGGUCGUCAAAUAUAUGUCAAAUGUAUACGUAGUAAUUAGGUAUAUAUAGGUAUGAAAACGCUCUUUACUUUACCAUAAAACUGGUUCUGGUACCACUUCUUAAUCACAAAAGAUUAUCCAUCAAAACCCAAACUGUCAUUAAGGACACCCGCAAAUAUAUACUUUGAACAGAUUUCAUUGAGAGCGAGCGAAUGGCCAAAAAAUGGCUAAAAUCUGACAAAUGGCUUUCCUUUAACGUCUGCGCCUAUCUUAUUAUCGUUACUACCGAACAGAACUCUCAUUUGAGACUUCUUUUCAUUUCUAUCGCCUUUUCUUCAAAUAAAUUUGAACCUUUCCCAAAUAUUGUUAAGCUUUAGUUUGCCUUAGCUGCACACACUGAUUUUCCAGCCAGGUCUGCUUACUUAUUUUCGGCCUUGAUAUUCGCAAAAUUAGGUUUGCUUUUCUGUGCAAAGGUUGUAGGUAGGAUAUCAAUUUGAGAAGAAGCGUCUGUGUUAAUAGCAUUAUUCGCAAUCUCAUCCAUACACUCGGGGGUUAGGCCGACUAUAGCGAGGUAUAAUUUUUUAUGCGACAUAUAAAACAUAUUUAUUGCAAUCAUAAUCGGUAGAGUUUCUCUUGAGGUUUUUUGGACGCAAAUGGGAGCGAACUAGUAAAAAAAACUUUUUUAUUGUUGAAAAAAUUCGAAAAUAUAAUAACGUCCACCUAACAAAUACAUAAUAUAUCUAUACAACGUACUUAUUGCAUUGAUGAUUACAUUUUCUUUAUAUAUAAGUGACUUGAAAGUCUUGUUAAACCAUAUUUAUAAUAAAACUUAAAUCAAUAAAUACUUUAUGGGUCAUGAAGGUUAAACCUACUUUUAAAUAUUUUGAUUUAAGUGUAUUUUAUUUAUACCCAAUGAACAAGUAAGUAGAUAGUUCAAAUUAACAUAAGUCAAAAUUAUAUUAUAAAUCAAUGAUUUAUUAUUAUAUUUUGUAGGAUUUAAUUUACAAAUACUUACCAUAGUUCAUUCGACAAAAUUUAACUUCGUUGCCAACCGUACCAGUAUCCGUAUUGAAAGCAGCAUAAACCGCUCGCGGUUUUCAAUAUCAUACUGUAAUUGUCGGGCUGACCCUACCGCAACUCAAUGCGCUCUCAAUUCGAGGCAGUUAUUAUUACUUGACCCGGUGAUUGAGCUCUCCUGCUCUCUAUCGUUGAAAACGGCGACUAUUGGUCCGCGGAUUUAUUUCCCGCCUCCCGCUCGACGCUGACUGGCUAACAGCGCCACGCCCUCCCAACUUCAGAGCUACGCUUAGGGUAGACAAAACCCCACUUAUAUAUUUUCCACCCUUAUAUUGCGCUCGCAUUCGUAAAGUUACUACCGGUUGGCACGCACGCGUCUUAUAAGCGAGCUCGCGAUAUAAGUGUGAAAAGUUUUGCAAAGUGUAGCAUUAAUUAAAUGAAAAAACAAUGACAAUGGACAUUCAAAAUAAUUAUCAAAGUUAUAAAGAGGCGUCUCCUGAUUCGAAGGAGAGUCAUUUAAAUAUCGAGAGUGCAAGGACAUCUCAGAUCACAAAACCCGAGAUGCAGGCGACGGUAUUGAAUGCUGGGAAGACCUCAAAAAGAUCGUUUGACGUUGCUUUCUUGAUGAUGCCGGAUGAAAAACUUCGUCAGAAGCAACCUGAAAGGCAACUCCGUGUAUCAAAACAACUUUUCAAUAACGAAGAAUGGGAACAUCCGCUUAAGAGGAUUCCAGAAAUUUACAAAAACAGUGAGUACUCUAACGAAAACACGAUGGACUCAAAAGAUCAAGACGAUGACAGAAUGCGCAUUAGUAAUAACAUAUCACCAAAUUUUGGAUCUGACAUUAAUAUCGACGUCGGUACGGAUGAAUAUCCAAACAAAGCAAUGUAUUGCAGUGAUUCCGAGAAUUCUGAUCGUUCAAGGAGCCGCCCAAACUCAAAUGAAAGUGCAGCACGGCAGCCGAAAUUUCUACCCGAAUAUAAGAAUAAGAUUUUCGACGACCCGACUUUAAUUAGCAUGCAAUCAAGAGCUAGAUAUGAAAACCGGUAUAUUGAGAAGCCGCCAGAGAUGUCACCGAGAAGCGCAUUCACGAAAGUUUCUAACUAUACCAUGCGUUCACCUAAUCCAUCAGUCAGUCCUGACAAUCUGCUGUAUCAAAAUUCUGUCAGUCCGCCUUUAUCUGUGACUAGCCAAUCCUCGAAUUCUUUUACGAAAGGACCAACUUUUAAUAAUCUGCUUACACCAGCGCAGCUCUUGAAUGGUAAUAAUUUCUUUAAAGCACAAAGCAUUCCUGCAUCUUCUCCAAAUUAUCCCGAACCGAGUCCAAAUCAAACAAGAACUAGUGGAGCAUUCAAAGGCGUUGAAUACCAGGAAAAGCAAAGUUCUCCGAAGCCACAGAUAUCUCCUAACAAGUUAAACUUUUUACCGUUCAGACCAGACAUACCUUAUUUACAAGCGGGAUCUUCCUACCCGUUCAGUGUUCAAAACUUCCAACCGCCAAAUCCAGAAUUCAUGAAGUUUCCAGUUCCAGCAAGAGAACCGCUUAUUUCUAACCCAGCGGCUGCUAUACUCAGCACAUUGUUGCCACCGACAUUGGCUGCUUUUUCCUUGCCUGCUCAAAAUGUGUGUGCAAAAUGCAGCAUUAGUUUCCGAAUGACCUCAGAUCUCGUUUACCACAUGCGUACACACCACAAGAGCGAGUCCGUAUCCGACCCUAACAGGAGAAAGAGGGAAGAAAAAUUGAAGUGUCCUGUUUGCAAUGAAAGUUUUAGAGAAAGACAUCAUCUAACGAGACAUAUGACAGCACACCAAGACAAAGAAGGAGACAUGGACGACGUCCCACAAAAUUUUAACAAGAAAAGCAAACAGUUCUACCCCCAUAAUGGUUCGCUCAUUCACAAAUGAGUCGCUUAUGCAAAUUUAAUUUCGGCCUCGGAACUGUUUUCAAUUCGAAAGAGAUGUAACUAAUUAAUAAUAGUCGAUGUUUGAAACUACGUCAGUUAACGGUCUUUGUGGAUUCUCGAUUUGUUUUUAAUCGUUGUUGUUAUAUGAUUAAGAUAUAUCCUCUAUGUGCAAUAUUAGCUUUUAAGUGUUCUAUUUCUUUUGUGAAUAUGAUUUUAGAUGUAGUAGCAAAUCAUUAAAGUACUUAAGAUAAAUCGUUCUGUUUCUUUUAGCAAAGCUGAGCGUAUCUGCGGCUAACAUUGUUCAAUGGAACCCAAAAAAGUUAAUAAUGAAUUAAUGAAAAGUCAUUCUUUUCAGGCAAUUAUUGGCUCAUAGAUGAUAAAUACCUUAAAAGUCAGAAAACACACAUUAUGGCUGCAAUGCAUUUAAUACCAUACAUUUCAUCAAUACCUAAUACAAAUCGCGAUUUCCUACCAUAGCCAAAUCUUAAGCAUUAUUUUAUAAUAACACAAGAUUUCUGCUGAUGCUCCUGAAGCGAACGUCCAAGGAACAAGUUUAAAUUAGACGCAUAAAACUGAUAAACUUGUCAAAGUAAAAUAAUCAUUAAGUUUCUAAUUAGAUAAUGAUGGUCCAUUAAGAUUUCAAUAUUAAAAUAACCUAUUCAAAUUCGUUACAAUGAGAACUACUAUACUAAAUUAGACAUGAACGUGGCAGUUAGUAACGAAGCUUAGCGUGGCAAAUGUAGGUAAUGUGAGGGUGAGAUAUAGAGCCAUCAUUCUCCCCCAUUGUUAACAUAACCUGUCGCUCAGAUUUAUAAUACUUACUCUAAUAAAUGUGCGAAUGAAAUAUAAAUAUUUUAAUUGACAUAUACCUUUUGAUUACUCUCUAACCACACUUAUAAGAUAGGUAUUCAUUUUCAAACGACGUAUUGAAAAAAUUACAGUCGGCCUUCAAUCAAGUACUAAAAUUACAAAGGUAGGUUUAUUUACUCAAAGUUAGUUUCAUAAUGUUUCAAUUUUUUUUUUCUUUUUUUAUACUACGUCGGUGGCAUACAAGCAUACGGCCUGCCUGAUGGUAAGCAGUCUCCGUAGCCUAUGUACACCUGCAACUCCAGAGGAGUUACAUGCGCGUUGCCGACCCUAACCCCACCCCCCUCGUUGAGCUCUGGCAACCUUACUCACCGGCAGGAACACAACACUUUGAGUAGGGUCAAGUGUUAUUUGGCUGCGGUUUUCUGUAAGGUGGAGGUACUUCUCCAGUUGGGCUCUGCUCUAGAUCUGGAAUGACAUCCGCUGUGCUGUGCCCUACCACACAAGGCGAGAUGACAUUCACAUUGCCCAUACCUCUCUUUUGGACGUAGUUUAAGGACAUACCCGGGUCCAAAAAUCGGUCAAUGUCGGCAAACGAUUUUAGUUCAAAGUAUUUUUUUAGAGUUCCGUAGUCAACUAGGAACCGUUAUAGUAUCGUCAUAUCCGUCUAUCUGUCUGCCCAUCUGUCCGUCCGUGGCUUUGCUCUGUGAUCGUUAGUGCUAGAAAGCUGAAAUUUGGUACAAAUAUUUAAAUCAGUUACGCCGACAAAGCCGUAAAAUAAAUACUAGAUGGCUUCCCUCUGGGUCAAAAUUCUUUUCGUUGUUUUUUUUUGUCUCCAAAAAGUUUGACGCGGUGGAGCUUUUUGUAUGAGUUAAAUUUUGUUUCUGAUUUUUCUCAUGUAAAAUACAACAUACAGCUAGAAAGACAUACAAUAGCACUUGACUUUUUUAUUUAUUUGAUACAAGACAUAUAUACAAGCGUGACAGAGUGGUCAGAAACAAGACAACGAAAAUAAUUUUGACCCCGCUACACGAAAAGUGGAGAUGAAGUUUUUUUUUCGCUGUAACCUGUCGCCGUGUGGGGUGUCGUUACAUAGGUCUUUCAAAAUGAAUAUACCCAUAUUCGUUCUGUAAGUAACAUUUUUUAAUAAAAUAAAAAAUAAAACCCUCUAACUAUUGAACCAUGGAUCCAAAAAAUAUUAAAGUAAAGCUUAGCUUUCAAGGAAAAUUAUAGCGAAGAUAAUCGGUUCAGCCAUUUUUGAGCUUUUGCAAAAAAGUCUCUUUUGACGGACGGGUAGCUACGAAACCCUACAUGAGGCCAUAAAAUAUAACCAAUAAUAACCAAUGAGAUCACUAGUACCUUCUGUGACCUUUAGUAAAGACAUUAUAAUACCAAGGGUACAUUUUGUAUAGCAGGUACCUGUAAGGGAGAAAUCUCGACUGAUUGAUGUUUUGAUUAAAAUAAGUGAAACUCGGGUAUGUACUUACUUAUGUUUCACCGUUUUCAUCAUCUAAAGAUGGUAAGAUUUUAAUUUAUAGUGUACCUUCCUGACGCGGAACAGUGAAUCUUUGUAUUGACCUUCAUUCGGAUGGCAACUGCAGCUGCAUUACUGCUGCGGCAUUGACGCGGGCACUGUCACUGUCAGUUUCCUUGAUAGAGAUACUAUCGUAGCCGCAUUACUGCCGCCAUUAGAACGUUCAACCUGUCACUCAUUUUAUCAAAGAAACCCACAGUGACAGAGAAUGCGUCAAGGCCGCAGCAGUAAUGUCAUACAAGUAAUGCAGCUGCAGUUGCCAUCCGAAUGUAAGUCACUGUUCUGCGUCAGGUAGGUAUUAUAUAGCCAUACAAAGUUCAAGUGAUAAAUGUGUCACAAUUAGAUAUGGCCUUACCGCAAGAUUUGCGAUAACGCCGAUGACACAAAGGUAAAGACGGUGCGUCCUCUUAUCCUCUUUAAAAGCACAUGAUCAUCAAAAUCACAACGUCCUGAAUCUAUUUCAUCCCCUACAACAAAGUCCGUGACUAACUCUGUGACCAAUAGUCUGCGAACGACUUGGUUCCCAGCACCGCGGCCGUGUGGGUGCGAAUGGGCGAUCGCCGGGCCAUUGCCUCGACAGCCGUGGAGGAUCGCUCUGGGAAACUGGUGCAGAUUGUCCUUGUUUUCACAUGGGGUGGUGGCCUAGUUAGGAUUAUGGUAUGAUGUUGUUUUUGUUUUGUAUUAGGAGAAUUUAAUAAUUAUGUUGUAUAUACUAGUUAAAAUUAAUUACAGUGUAUUGUUAUUUUGUAUUUGCGAUGUAGAUAUUUAGGUAUCCCCAUUUUUUAUUUAAAGAUGCAGAUGUUCUACCGCUAUACGUAGACGGGUAUUUACUAUUUUGAAUUUUUACAUUAUACUUGUACAAUAAAUACUAGUAAAUACCAUAGCGUGAAAUAGAAUAAACAUCUCUUUUAUUUCAAAAUGACACAAUAAACCCAUAUUCACCGAGCAGCAACCUUGUCCGUGCAAGACGCGCGAAGCGUCGAAAACAAUAUUUUUGCCCGCUCGCCCGACCGUGAGUAAUUUAAUACAGAAAUUCAUAUUAGGGACACUCUCUGGAUACACAGUGCACGUUUGGUGAAAAUUUUGUAUGUUUAGCAUAAGAAUAGACAACAGUGGUGGUGUAUUAAAUAAAACCAACCAAUACUAUCCACAUCAGAUUUUUUCUCUAGCGUCUUAGAUUUAUAUUACUAUUUGUCUUAUUUUAACAUAAAAAAUACUUUUACAGUACAUAUGGUACUACUUUUCCGCACUAGUGCGUAAAUUAGCACAUUAUGUAACUAUGUCGAAUUUAAAGGGUCAUAUGUACUGUAAAACGUUGUACGAUACAUGUGCGAAUAGGUAAUUCGGCCGUGUUUUAAUUUAUCGCCACUCGUUACGAAUUUCCUAUUUUUCGCACUUCUAUCGUAAAUAACUAUGCUAAGACUUCAAAAAAACACACCCUAACUUAAAUACUUGCUGCUUAAUUACUUUAUGAAGACCAUG